CGCGUUCGCGGUUUGUUCUCAUUCGCUGUUCGUCGUUUUGUCGUGGUCGCGUUUUUGCAUACAGUUUAUAUUUAAAAAAUUGUUGGCGAAAGGUCACUGAAAACAGCAAACAAGUAAUAUAAUAAAACAAUACUAGUACCUACGUUUAAAAGUAAAUAUUUGCGAGUCACACAUUAAUAUUAAGGACGUACUAGCCUAUCUUUGGCGAAGUCAUAUCAUAUCAUUCGCUUUGCUGCUGAGGUGAGCGAAUUGGAGGCGUCUGCUGUUAUUGAUUCCGUAGACGAUCUCAAAAACGCAUACAUAAAAUAUAAUUUUGACAUUAAAAACAAAUAUUAGUGUAUCUAUCAGUCAACUAUUCAACCGAACAAUUGAUCCACCGAACGUCUCAGCUACUUUGCUACCCGCGCACCAUUAAACACAGCAUGCACAAAAGCAAUGGGCGGUUUCCUGGAUAAGCCGAAAACUACUAAACAUAAUGAUCAUGGCGAAGGCAAUAAAUUGCUCUUCGGCGUCAGCUCUAUGCAAGGCUGGCGUUGCGAAAUGGAGGACGCGUAUUAUGCGCGUGCCGAUCUUGGAAGCGGUUUGGAGGACUGGAGUUUCUUUGCCGUUUUUGACGGUCAUGCCGGCUGCAAGGUGUCGGAGCAUUGCGCCUCACAUCUGCUCGAUAGUAUCAUUAACACGGAUGAAUUUAAAAAUGGCGAUCACAUAAAGGGCAUACGCACCGGAUUUCUGCAUAUCGACGAAGUAAUGCGGGAAUUGCCCGAAUUGACGCAAAAUGCGGAGAAAUGUGGCGGGACUACUGCGGUGUGUGCGUUCAUCUCGCCAACACAAGUUUACAUUGCGAAUUGCGGUGAUUCGCGCGCGGUUCUAUGUCGACAAGGUGUACCUGUAUUUGCUACACAAGAUCACAAGCCCAUUCUGCCUGAAGAAAAGGAGCGUAUACACAAUGCCGGCGGUAGUGUAAUGAUUAAACGUGUCAACGGAACACUGGCGGUAUCGCGCGCGCUCGGUGACUAUGAUUUUAAAAAUGUGAAAGAAAAGGGCCAAUGCGAACAACUCGUGUCGCCGGAACCGGAUAGUCGCCAAGAUACGGAUGAGUUUUUAGUUUUAGCCUGCGACGGUAUAUGGGAUGUCAUGACCAAUGAGGAUGUCUGCAGUUUUGUUCAUUCGAGGCUGAGAAUCACUAACGAUUUAGUGAACGUUGCAAAUCAAGUUGUGGAUACCUGUUUGCAUAAGGGCAGUCGAGAUAAUAUGAGCAUAAUAAUAAUUGCUUUCCCGGGCGCACCAAAACCAACUCAAGAAGCUAUUGAGGCAGACAAACGGUUGGAACAGCAAAUCGAGAAACUAACAAGAGAUGAAAUAGAUUGCAAUGAACUCACGCAGUACUUUGAUGUAUUGCAAGCACUGCAGAGUAAGGAUAUUGAAGGUCUUCCUCCUGGUGGCGGCUUACAGUCAAAAUACGCAGUCAUCGAGCGAACGUUCAAAGAGAUAUACCCAGAUCAGGAAUGCGAAUUUAAUGAAUUUUAUCAAACGGUUUAAAUUAUUCCAUAAAAAUAUACUUAAAAAAAUAA